AUGGCCUCUGGUGAAGGGAGGCGGCGUCAUCAUGAUCUUGUGCCUCUUGCUGCGUUGCUUAAGAGAGAGAUGAAGAGUGAAAGGAUGGAGAAGCCUACUGUGAGGAUUGGUCAAGCUGCUCAAUCUAAGAAAGGGGAGGAUUACUUUCUAAUUAAGACGGACUGUCAGCGUGUGCCGGGGAACUCUUCAACAGCCUUUUCUGUAUUUGCGAUCUUUGAUGGACACAAUGGAAAUGCUGCUGCCGUUUUUACGAGGGAAAAUUUGUUAAAUCACGUACUGUGUGCUCUUCCUCGAGGACUUGGACGAGACGAGUGGUUGCAAGCUUUACCUAGGGCAUUGGUUGCUGGAUUUGUUAAGACUGAUAAGGAAUUUCAGAGCAGAGGAGAAACUUCUGGAACCACAGCCACGUUUGUGAUUGUUGAUCGGUGGACUGUGACAGUUGCAUCUGUUGGAGAUUCUCGUUGUAUACUCGAUACACAGGGUGGUGCGGUUACCACAUUAACAGUUGAUCACAGACUAGAAGAGAAUAUUGAAGAGAGACAACGUGUUACUGCAAGUGGAGGUGAAGUUGGGAGGCUUAGCAUUGUCGGCGGCGCUGAGAUUGGUCCUCUUCGAUGCUGGCCAGGAGGACUAUGCCUUUCUAGGUCCAUAGGAGACAUGGACGUUGGGGAGUUUAUAGUUCCGAUACCAUAUGUCAAACAAGUGAAGCUAUCAAAAGCUGGUGGAAGGCUUAUAAUUGCUUCUGAUGGCAUAUGGGAUGCUGUAUCAUCAGAAAUGGCCGCAAAAUCUUGCCGUGGUUUGCCUGCCGAACUUGCAGCUAUGCAGGUUGUCAAGGAAGCCCUAAGAACAAGAGGGUUAAAGGAUGAUACAACAUGCAUAGUAGUUGACAUAAUCCCACCUGAUAACGAAUUGCCAUCAACACCGCCCCCGAAAAAGCGGAAUAGGCUGAGAGAUCUUUUUACGUUCAGGAAGAGGUCCCGUGAUGCUGCUGGCAAGCUGUCAAAGAAGCUUUCAGCUAUAAAUAUAGUGGAAGAAUUGUUUGAAGAAGGAUCGGCAAUGCUUGCUGAAAGAUUAGGAAAUGAUGAAAACACAGGACAAUCAACAUCUGGCCUUUUUGUCUGUGCUGUAUGCCAAGUUGAUCUUGCUCCAAGCGAGGGUAUAUCUGUCCACGCAGGUUCAAUUUUCUCCACAAGCUCGAAGCCCUGGCAAGGUCCUUUUCUAUGUAGUGAUUGUCGCAAUAAGAAGGAUGCAAUGGAAGGAAAACGUCCUAGUGGAGUUAAGGUGUCAUAG